AAAUUAUCAUUCUUCGCAUCAAAUACGUGUGAGUAUUUAAUAAUUUAUACAAAAAUUCAAUCAAAACCAUCAUUUAAUCACUAAAUAACAGGUCGAACAAAUCAAAUCCCACCUCUAGAUAUUACACGAACGUUCUGUCAUAAUUGUCAAAGUCAAGUUAGGUUUCGAUUCGAGAAUUGAGGUUAAGUCAACUGUUCAAACUUCAAUGAAAAUUCCAAAUUUCAUUAAAAGUAUCUUUUUCGGAAUCCCAAUAGGCGUUACAUUCGUGGACGUGGUCGGUUACGUGGCCAGAGUGGAUGGAAUUUCCAUGCAACCCGCUCUAAAUCCUGACAGGGCUCAAACCGAUUACGUAUUUUUGAAUAGAUGGGCAGUUAAAUGUUACGAAAUCAAACGAGGUGAUAUUGUUUCAUUGAUUUCCCCCAAAGACCCGUCUCAGAAGAUAAUAAAAAGAAUAAUCGGAUUAGAAGGUGAUAUAAUAGCUACGUUGAAGUACAAAAAAGAGAUAAUCCGCAUUCCGCAAGGGCAUUGCUGGAUCGAGGGCGAUCACACUGGGCAUUCUAUGGACUCGAAUAACUUCGGUCCGGUUUCGCUUGGUCUCAUCACAGCUAGAGCGACCUGCAUCGUGUGGCCUCCGCAUAGGUGGCAAAUCAUCAACUCUUCCCUUCCCGAAUCUCGUGUUCCUCUAAACGUCAUAGAAGUAGCUUAGCGCAACCGAAAUGAGAGCCAUUUCCCUAGUCAAACGAAUAGAAUUCGCUUUCCAAGGAAACGUAGCCAGGAACGCUCUAACCUUAGGCGAUGUCGACAACGAUGGCUUCAACGAACUGAUCGUAGGCAACCACAAUGGCGACGUAAACAUUUUCAAAGGUACAAAGAAGCUCCAAACAAUUUCCAAAUUGAAUUUCGUGACUUGCGUAGCCGUCGCGGAUAUCAUGAACCAGGAUAAGAACGUGUUGAUUAUCAUCACAGCGAACGGCUGGUGUUAUUUAUACGCUUAUCCGGAAAACAACCAAAGCGAUAAUAGCCAAAAAGACGUCGAUGAGGGUGUGGAAGAGGUUGAUGGGCAAAUUCAAUCGGCAACUACAGUAGAUAAUAAGGAAAGCUUACCACCUCCCGAAGUACAUGUAGAAAACAGCAAAAAAGACUUACAAGACCCUCAGUUAGUUUGUAUUCACAUGCAAAGAAUACCGGCGAAUUCUAAAAAUAUAGUAUUGGGAGAUAUAGACGGUGAUGGUAACAUCGAGAUGGUUCUAGGGCUUACCGAUCGAGUGGUUCGUUCGUACAAAUGGAUCGGCAAUCCUGACACCUCUACGCUCGAUAUAACCGAUUCUAGUUUACAAUUUAACCCUUCCGAUAAACUACUAGGAAAAUUCGUGGCCUUGAAUAAGUGGGAGUGCGCCAACCAAAUAGGCUCGAUAACGAUACAUCACACGGCAGAAGGGAAACCUUCGAUACUGAUCGCCCAACCGGGCGGUACGUUCAUGCGAAUAAAAUGCCAAACCGACGAUCUGGCCAGCGAAGAGUGCGUGGAGAGUUCGAUACACAGCAGCUCGAGCAGUUCCACUGGUGAGCAUAUAUCAGGUACGGUCGACUACCAGUUUUUAGGCAUGUCGAGGAUGAGAAAUCAGAACAUUUCCACGGAGAUUUUGGGCGAUUUGCAUUGUUCUAUCCACGAUAGCGGCGUGAGUUUCGACAAAAGCUCCAUCGACUCGCAGAGGAGCGCUAAUUCCUCCAAAGGUAAACCGUACGCUUUGGCUACCCUCGACGGCACCAUCAUAUUAGUCCAAGACGAGGUUAUUUUAUGGGCGAUCGCCGUAGAUCACCAGAUAUUCGCUUUGACUAAAUUGGACGUUACGGGCAACGGUUCGGACGACAUAGUGGCCUGUUCGUGGGACGGGGAAACGUACAUAAUGGACCUGGAGAAGAAUUCGGUGCGGUUCCAUUUGGACGAGGCCGUGCAGGCCUUCCACAGCGGUUACUAUCACUUGCACGACGACGAGCCCGACUCUCCGUGCCUGGUUUAUGUUACAUUCAAAAACACCAUUAUCGUUUACUACGAUCUGGCGCUCAGGGAGCUCACCUGCAGGAAGUUCGAGCCGGAUUUGGUGAAGCUCAGCGAGCUGUUCGCCGAUAAGGAGAGGUCGCCCGAAGAGGCCCUGGAGCACGUUAGGACGUUGGAUAGGAAAUCGAAGAGGGAAUUGGUGGAAUGUUUGUUGUACGGUUUAUGAAUUUUGUUAAUCGUUUUAGAAAUAAGAAUGGUUUCUCGACUGAAGGACGUCGUUUUUGUUUGAAUGUGUGUGGG